UGACAACUUCAAACCCAGCCAAGCGAAGACCACAAAGGUUGACGAGAGGUGGCCGACGAGAGGCCACGGACAAUCUGCAGACGAUCAAUUCAGCUUCAUUGAAAUCUCAAGCGCCGAAACUUGUGGAGCCGUUCCCAAAUCCCACUCGGGACACCCAACUGGCCCAAGUAAUGGCCACAGGGGCGCCGGUCUCUCACCUGGGCAUGUCUCAAGUCUUGGCCGCCGCGGAUCCCCCUGUUUCGUCCGACCCGCCAUGGCGUCUCAUAAGCUUUCUGCCGUGGUAUAUCGUCUGGACCCUUCCUCUGCACACCGUCCCAAGAUGGCGAGUUGGUUUUACUCUCUCCUUCGUGAUUCUCUUCAUCCGAUUUAAUUGUCUCUUAUUCUUUCCUAAGUGGCCGGCCACUCCUUUUUUAUUACUAGACGCUCUUUGAAUUGUUUCGCCGAGAACAGUAUAAUAUCAGUCAAUCAUCCAACAUGCAGAACCUUUUCUUCACUCUCGUCCUCUCGGUGCUCUGCGCCAGCGCAUCUGCCAUCGCAACCCCAGAACACUUUGCCGCCCACCUGGUCGCGCGCCAAAAUGUCGCUCCCGUGGCCAUCCCCGCCAGCGCCACGCCGCAAUGCAUCGAGUAUUCCCAAAUCGCCAAUCUGUCCACCAUCAGCGCCAACAGCACGUACCGGUCCGCUUUCCUCCAGGCGUCUCCCGUGGGCACGAAGUACGACUCGGAAAUGCUCAACGCGGCGCAGGCCAAGCUGCCUGCCCUAACCAUCAACAAGGCGCUCAAUGAAUUGUGCGGCAACCUGACCACAGUGGCGCUCACCGCCGCCGAGGCCAACUUCACCCGGGGCGUUGUGGCUCAGUUCUCCGGCAUUACCACAGAGGCUCUCACAACUGGGCCUAUCACUGGGAUAGUCGUCUUGUCGAUUAUUGCCAUUAUGGGAAUUCCGUGGAUGGUGGCUGAAUGAGGAAGAAGACUUGGAAUAAAGGGGCGUAGAAUGGUUGGGGUCGCGUUGAAGAAGAUGGACAGAGUCGUCACUAUGCCACGUCGGAAAUGGCUGUUCGGGGUGCAUGUUCGCAACAUCGGCAUCGAGCACCACUGCCUGGCUACGUGAAGACAUUGUUCGGGGUCCCGUAGGAGGAAGGAAGCGAUCACCUUGUGUAUGUAGUAGUCCAAGUCGGUGUCGCACCGCAACAGCCAACAUGGCCACUGUUACCGUAUUGGGCUAUUUCCGGCUUAUGGACAGAACACCCGCCAAUUGCAUAGACUCCCGGUAUCUCGAUGAAUGAUCACUACUCGAUUUUACGGCUCCGAAUGUACUUAUCCUCGUGCUAGCUACGUUGUAGCCUGUAUUUAGGCCUUUAAUCCCCCCCCCCAGUAUGAUAAGGUCCAUGCCGAUCCUCCACAUGCCAUAGCAACGGCUACAGGAG